CUGUUAUCGCUGCAGUGGCCAUGCUGGUCGGUUGGCCUUCCUCAAUAUAAUCUUUCGUUUCGUCUCCUCGCGAUAUCCUCAUGGGCAAAUGGCGAUACGGGGUCGUUCUGGACGCGGGCUCGUCCGGGACCCGCGUCCACGUCUAUCGCUGGUUAAACAACACAGUCUCUCGGGAAAAGGCCGGUGAAACCCAUCUGCAGACAUUGCCGGAGGUGAAGACCAAGUCGGAUUGGACGAAGAAGAUACACCCGGGAGUCUCGUCGUUCGCCGACAAACCGGGAGAAAUCGGGCCGCAACAUCUCGCAGAACUUCUCGAGCACGCCCGGAAUAUUGUACCGGAUGAGGCCGUGAAGGAUACCCCCAUCUUUCUCCUCGCGACUGCGGGGAUGCGACUUCUUCCCGAUCUGGAGCGCAAGGUCUUACUGGAGCAGAUCUGCUCCUAUGUUGGCACAAACUCCGAUUUUCUGCUGCCCGACUGCGGCAUCCAUAUUCAGGUCAUCCCGGGCGUUACGGAAGGCUUGUACGGAUGGAUUGCGACCAACUAUCUCCUGGGCAGCUUCGAUUCACCAGGGUCGCAUGAUCAUGGCAAGGGUCACCAUACUUACGGCUUCCUGGACAUGGGCGGUGCCUCUGCGCAGAUUGCAUUCGCCCCAAAUGCUACUGAGAGCGAAAAGCAUGCGAACGACUUAACACUACUACGGCUACGCAAUAUCGAUGGGUCAACCCAGGAACAUAGAGUCUUUGUCACCUCCUGGCUCGAAUUCGGCGUCCAUGAAGCUCGGAGGCGCUAUGUGGAAUCCCUGCAGGCUGCAAGUGCUGUGGCUAGCGUCAAGGAGCUUCCUGAUCCGUGCCUGCCGGUUGGACUGCGCACUACAACUGAUGGCAAACUUCUCGGAACAGAGGAAGCCAGCGAGGUGCAUCUGCUAGGGACUGGAAAAUUCGACGAAUGCUUGCGCCAAACAUACCCUUUACUAGACAAGGAUGCUCCUUGUCCCGAUCAACCCUGUCUCUUGCAUGGGAUGCAUGUACCGGCUAUCGACUUUGACGUCAACCAUUUCGUCGGCAUCAGCGAAUACUGGCAUACAACACAUGAAGCUUUCGAGAUGGGUCACAAGGACAAAGCAUACGAUUUCGCCACCUACCAAGAACGUGUGCAGUCCUUCUGUUCCCAGGACUGGGCCACCGUGGAGGACGGACUCGAACGCCACCAAUGGGGAAAGAAGUUCGAUCGAGAAUCGGCCUCCGAGGUGUGCUUUAAGGCUUCGUGGAUCAUGAACGUACUGCAUGACGGCAUUGGCAUUCCUCGGGUAGGAUUAGAGGAGAUUGCGGGCUCGGGUCACAACGGAACCAAGGAAGUACUUUCUCAUGGUCAGAGCAAAGGCUACUUGGACUCUUUUCAGGCCGUGAACAAGAUCGACUCCACGGAAGUCAGUUGGACUCUGGGUAAGAUGGUUCUCUAUGCCUCAUCCCAGGUUCCGCUAGAGACUCAGGAGGCCCUCCCUGUCGGCUUUGGCAGUAAUGUUGCCGGCGUGCCAAGCGAUUUCCAGUUCCCCAGCGUUGAGUUGCUGCCCAGUCCGGAAGGCAUCCAUCGCGGAACGUGGCAUGAUGCACUCCUUGAAGGGAGCUCCUCCCGCCGCGUUCCGGGAUUUAUCUUGUUCUUGCUGAUCGUACUCAUGGUGGCCUUCUUUCUCUGUGGGCGGGGCCGUCGACAGAAGGCUUACCAUAAGGUCAUGAACGUGUUUAGCCGUGGUGGUCCGUCCCGUCCGAACCACCCGAAAAGGAGGAGAAUAUUUGGCGGAAAGCUGCCGUUCUUUGGUCCUAGAAGCCCUACGUAUGAGCGCGUCCUUGAAGAGGGUGCUCAGGAGUUUGACCUUGGGGUGGUCGAGUCCAGCCGCAGUUCAUUCGAUGGUGGCCGUCCCUCCGAGGCCGAUGCUGCCAGGUUCACCGCCCCCAAGCGGGCGUCAAGCUGGGGCAGUGGUGGCAAUACGCCUAGUUUCAAGUAUGGGUUGGACAACUCCUCAUCGGGGACUAUUGGGCUCGGCAUCACCGCUGGGUCGGGGAUUACUGCGAUGGACCGGCAUGGCCUGGUGGUGACGACCGAAAGUCGGGAUCAUUUGGCGCCACUGGCGCUGGGGUUGACGACAAAUGGGCGCCGGUCCCGAGCGGGUAGUCCGUCGAGGUCCCAUCCCAAGUCACCACUCAUGACCCCACGAGCCGACGGUUAAUGCUGCUGUAUGAUUAGGUUUGUGUUGGCGAGUGUCACAUCAUGCCAGGCGUUUGGGGUUCGGUAUCCGUGCUUGUAAGCCAGGGUGCGCCGCUGGCAAGGCCGGCGUUAUGACCGCAUAAUAGUCCUUUGCUUACUGAUACCAUCUUGUCAGAGGCGCUGUGGAGUACAUGCCCGAGACCAGGCAAGUUUGGAUAGAUGGAACUUGGUAGUACGUACUCUCCUUGUACGACCACAGGACGAAAAGUAAUUCGUCUUUCGUAGUCCCGUGCU